CUAACUGAGGCCCAGAGAAGUGGGAUGACUUACCCAAAGACACUAGGCCACGCUGUAGACUGUGCCCGUGGAGGAUGGGGGCAUAAGCGACUCUGUCAUCACAGGUUGACCAAAACGAAAUCAUCUCCCCUCUGACCCCUUCCACCGUGAGAGAGGGGAAAGCUCUCACAGGCCAGCCCGGCAUCCUGGGAGGGGCCCGGAAAGUUGACAGUCAUUAGGAAGUCGAUGAUUUAAUUACCUCUGUUGGGGGUGGGGACAGAGCCCCUCCCCACCAAUUCUGACCCGAGGGAAGGCUGGGGCCCAUCCACCUUUAGGGGCUGAAAGCCAGCUGGGGGAGAGUCCUUAAGGGUGCCAAAGGGGGGUCGUCGGGGUUGAAAGCCCAUCCAGCCGCAGCCCUCGGAGGAGGACCCGAGAGGACAAUGGGCCGGGGGUCGGGGCUGAAUGCGGAGAGUGUGUGCAUGACAAAGGUCGCCGGGCUAUAACUGAGAGGGGGAGGGCAGGGCCCGGCUCCCUCGGCCCCCUCGCCCUGCCCUGCUCGCGGCUGCUGCUCGGGGGGUCUGUCCGGGCCACGCUGUGCAUGGCCACGCUGCUUCUCGGAAAGAGAGAACGAGAAAGAACCUGGAAAGCAGUGAGCAGUGGAGCCGUGAGAGAGUUGGAGAAGGGCCCCCCUGGGAAUGUGGGGACGCUGGGCACUGCUCCCUGCCUUCCUGGCGGCCUGGGCCACGGUUGGAGUUUGGACUGUGUUUGCUCUUGCUGUGUCCAAUAAUUCAGUGAACCUCACGCGGGUGUUUCCCUACAUCAGUCACUGCGGCUCCUUCCCCCCUCAGAGUUGCAUCUUCAGUCAAAUCCUGAACCUGGGUGCAGCCAUGGCUGGCACCAUCUGCCUGUUACGGUACCAUCAGCUCCAGGGCUGGGGGGCUCCCCCCGGCUGGAACCAGGUGAGUCUGGGGGCUGGACUGCUCUCGGCCCUGGGCACCUCUAUCGUGGGCAACUUCCAGCAAACCCUCCAGCUCCCCACUCACCUGGUCGGGGCCUUCCUGGCCUUCGCCAUCGGGCUCAGCUAUUUCUGGCUACAGCUGUUUCUGGCUCGGAGGGUGAACUCUCAGCCCCUGCCCGGGGCGCCCUGGAUCAGCCCGCUCCGCAUCGCGCUUUGCGGCCUCUGCUCCAGCCUCAUGGUGGCCAUGGUCGUGCUGCACUUCUGGCCCCUGCGCUCGGCCGCGGCGGCCUGUGAGUGGGCCGUGGCCAUGAUCCUCUUUCUCCUGUUCGGCCUCUUUGCCGUGGACUUUGCCCAGCUGGGCAGCUGCUCCCUGCGGCUCCGGUCGGCCUCCCUGCACCUGACCCCGUCUCCGCCCGACCUCCAGCUUUCCAUCCAGACCCUGCAGCUCUAGGCGGGGCCUGGGCGGGGGGUCCGGGGCGGUCUGCGCCGCCGGGCCUGGCCGGCGUGGGUUGCUCCGUGCCUGGGGCGGGGGGCCCUUCAAGCUGGACCGGUUGCUUGACCCUACCCCCACCCCCCCAGUCCCCUCCAACCUCCCAUCCCCGAGCCCCGUCCCUGCCCACAUCCCCUCCCCGAGGGCAGGAUGGGGGCAGGAGAGGAGGCCGGCAGAGCCGGCCCCGCUCCAGCCCGAUGGCCCUGCUGCCGGAGGACCGGGCGCAUCCCGAAAGCCCCAAUAAAGGUUUUAUUUUGGA